AUGGAGCGUUCAUUAGCGGAUAUACUUAGAGAAGAACGUCAGAUCGGUCACAAAGGAGAUGGUGGUUCGAAAGCAAUUGCUUAUAACGCAGCUGCUGCCAUAUUGUUUUAUGGUAUAGUCAGUGAUAUAUUAAGUCAGAGUGAAUUUAAUUGGGAUGCAACAAAGAAGAUGAUCAGUGUAGAUGAAGACAAUGUUUGGGAUGAGUACGUGAAGUCUCAUGAAGAUGCUAGAACUUUUCGAUUUAAAGUGAUUGCAAACUGGGAUGAUAUAGUGGAUUUAUGUGGCAAAGAUAGAGCUACUGGAGAGGGUGCUAAAACAUGUGCAGCAGCUACUGAGGUUAUGACUCCUGAGAGUGAUCCCAAUAAUAUUGUUGAUUUGGAAAGUGAUACCCAAGGUUUUGAGAGUUGUCAAGUUGAUCAUGUUUCACCUAGCUCUAGUUGUCCAAAGAGAAGAAAUCAAAAUCCUUCUGAUAUUCCCCCACCAAAAAAAAGAGGUACAACUAAUAUUCUUACUGAUUUAGUGGCUAAGAUGGCUUCAUCUUUGGAACACUUUAUCAAUUCUACAACACAAAAGCUUGAUCCAACAGAAGUAUAUAAUGAAGUCAUUGCAAUUCCAGAUCUUAGUCCAGAUGAACAACUAAAGGCAAUGUCUUGGUUUAUAGAAAAUGAGAAGCAGUUUCUCAUGUUAAAGACAAUUCCAACUGAGAGAAAGAAGGGAAUGGUGUUGAUGUUUAUUUCACCAAGAGCGUAG